CACAGAGAUUCAGAGAGUCACAGAGCUGCUGCUGAUGAUAAAGAUGAAGGUGUGGGUGCUGCUCCUCGUCCUGUCCUCAGUUCUCUGUGUCUCUGCUGAUGCUCUGCAUGGGGACAACUGGAUCAGCGGCUGUUCAGAUACUGAUGGCGAGGCCGUGCUGAUACUUGAUGAUGAGGCGGUCUGGUACGCCGACUUUAACAAACAGGAAGGAAUCUAUCCUCUGCCCCCCUUUGUAGAUCCCAUUACCUUUCCAGGUCAAUAUGAACAAGCUGUGGCUGAUCAACAGGUCUGCAGAGCAAACCUGAAGGUGACUCGUCAGGCUAUGAAGGACGUUCCCAAAGAACUGGAUCCUCCUUCCAGCCUGAUCAUCUACACAGUACUAAAUGUGGAGCUCGGAGUCCCAAACAUUCUGAUCUGUCAUGUGACUGGUUUCUAUCCUGCUCCCGUCAAUGUCACCUGGACCAAAAACGAACAGGUCACAGAAGGAACGAGCACCAGCGUUCCCUUCCCCAACAAAGAUGGUUCCUUCAAACAGACGUCCAGACUGAACUUCAUCCCAAAGCAGGGAGACGUCUACAGCUGCACUGUGGAACAUGUGGCCCUGACCCAACCAAUGACCAAAUUCUAUGCUGUGGAGAACUCUGAUCUCAUUCUUGGACCUGCCAUGUUUUGUGGAGUGGGUCUGACUGUCGGUGUCCUCGGUGUGGCAGCAGGAAUCUUCUUACUCAUCAGAGCAACCAAGUGACACUGAAUGGUCGGGCUGAUGUCUUAAUAAAUCUGAGGAGUUUGUAAUCUGAUUACACGGAACCUGUCGUUUUACCUCCGGUGCCAGCAGAAAGCAUCCUCAGAUAAACUGCUGUUCUUUAUAGAAUUUUUUUUGCAUCCCGAUAUUUUAUAUGCUUUAUUACAUAUCAAACAUCCGGAAGAAACCCUGUUCUUAAAAACAGCAGCAGCAGGUCAGAAUGACUGCAGACCUUCCAGUCCUCAUCCUCACUUAGACUGAAUAUUAACAGAGUUUUUGAUGACAGAGAACAGUGAUGUGAACCAGAAGGCUUGUUGUGUCAUUAAAGAUUUAUUGACAAAGA